AUGCCUAUUCAGUCAGAAUGGACCGCGGACAUUCCCGAUAUUGACGUCUGGUCCAUGUAUUUCGAGCAGCCAAAGGAAUACCCAGAUAACCACGUUCUCUUUACCGAUGGUGACACGGACCGCUCAUACUCGUUCAACGACAUCAAGAAUGGCUCGAUCGCGUUUGGCAAGGGCCUCAGACACAUGUUCAACUGGAAAAAGGGCGAUGUGCUGGCCCUUUUCACACCCAACUGCAUAGAUACACCCAUUGUGACGUACGGUCUUCUCUGGGCCGGCGGCGUCUCGAGCCCUGCCAAUCCAACCUACACCGUGGACGAACUUGCGCGCCAGCUGCUCGACUCCAAAGCCGCAGCUCUCGUCACCCAAAAGCCCUUCCUGAAGACGGCAGUACAGGCUGCCCAAAAGGCCAAGAUCCCGCUCGACAAGGUCAUUCUCAUGGGCGACGGGAGAGACGAGACGGGCAAGUACAAGCACUGGACUGAAAUUACAGCAAAGGGCGCUUGGUUCCAGCCCAAAAGAACCGUGCUGGAUCCCAAGAAAGACCUGGCUUAUUUGGUGUACAGCUCUGGAACCACUGGCCUGCCCAAGGGCGUUAUGCUCACACACUCCAACGUCGUCUCCAAUGCGUACCAGACCUCACGGCUCGAUGCCAAGGUGCUGAACUGGGAUUCGGACAGACACCUCGGUGUGCUGCCCUUCUUCCACAUCUACGGGCUCUCUGUCAUCAUGAACGUCACGAUGCAGACCGGCUCCCAAAUGAUCGUCUUGCCCAAAUUCGACCUCGAAAAGGCGUGUAAACUCAUCGAAAAGCACUCCAUCACAUUCCUGUACGUUGCGCCGCCGAUUGUCCUCGCGCUGGGCAAGCACCCCAUCGUGGACAAGUACGACAUGACGUCGAUCCGGUGGAUCAACUCUGGCGCUGCGCCCCUUGGCGUGGAUCUCGUCGAGGCAGUCUGGAAGCGCCUUAGCAUUGGCGUGAAGCAGGGCUACGGGCUGUCGGAGACAAGUCCGGUGACCCAUUCACAAUUGACAGACGAGUGGUGGAAGUUCCAGGGCUCCGUGGGACGUUUGGUGCCGCUGGUCGAGGCCAAGAUUGUGGAUGAGAAUGGCAAGGAGCUGCCCAGAGGAGAGGCUGGUGAAAUCCUCGUCAGGGGCCCCAACGUCUUCCACGGCUACUGGAAUAGACCUGACCUGAACAAGGAGACUUUCACGGAAGACGGGUGGUAUAGGACUGGCGACGUGGGAUAUGCCUGCAAACGCGGCCACUUUUACAUCACUGACCGCAUGAAGGAACUCAUCAAGUACAAGGGUUUCCAAGUGCCGCCCGCUGAACUGGAAGCCAAGCUCCAUGGCCGCGAAGACAUCAACGACGUCUGCGUUGUUGGCGUUUGGGACAACGAGCAGCACACCGAAGUGCCACGUGCUUAUGUCGUCGUGCGUCCCGGCGUCGAGGAAUCCGAUGAACUGAAGCAGGACAUCAUCAACUGGCUGGGCGAGAGAGUCGGACCACCUAAGCGAUUGCGCGGCGGUGUGCGGUUCGUCAAGGAGAUUCCCAAGUCGCAGGCUGGUAAGAUUCUGCGAAGAGUGUUGAAGGAUCAGAUUAAGAAGGAGGAGGGCCAGGGUACUAGGGCGAAGCUGUAA